GUCAGGGUCAGUUCGGAUACUUAUAAAGAGUGAACCAGUGCGUCCUACCUAAACUGUCUUCAUUUCAGCCAGCACAAUGUCCGAAAAAUACUUUCCAGGCUCACUAGAGGAGGACGACAAGACCGAAGUUGCUCAAGAGGGCGAGCCCGCCGAUUGCUGGUUCGACGAGGAGAGGAAGUUGGUGCGCAAACUAGAUAGGCGUAUCUUGCCUAUGGCCUGUCUACUUUACCUCUUCGCCUACCUCGAUCGAACCAACCUUGGCAACGCAAGGUUACAGGGUCUGGAGACAGACGUUCUCGGUGGUGAUGCAACUGGUCAACUAUUCGACUGGGCUACCUCUGGGUUCUACUUCAGCUACAUUCUCCUCCAGAUUCCCGCGACAAUUGUCUCAAAGUUGUUCCCCCCGCGUGUUUGGCUGGCUUCUUCAGCUAUAGGCUGGGGAAUCGCUUCAACUUUGAUGUCGGCGACUUCCAAUUUUGCUGGACUGACGACCACGCGAGUUUUCCUGGGUGUCUUUGAAGCGGGCUUCGGACCAGCCAUACCCGUUUAUUUCUCUCUGUUCUACACUAAAGGUGAAAUGGGACUACGGAUGGCGUACUGGUUCUCUUUCGCCGCUGUGGCUGGUGCCUUUGGAGGUGUCGUGGCGUUCGGCAUUGGGUUGGCGCAUUCUAGCGUCGCCAAUUGGCGUCUGCUUUUCAUUGUAGAGGGUAUACCCGCAGUUGCCCUCGGAGUCGCCACCCUAUUCCUUCUCCCCAAUAGGCCCGAAACCACAAGUUUCUUCAGUACACGGGAGCGGGAACUCGCGCUGGCUCGAGUUAACCGAGCAACGAGUUCAGAUGUUGGACAAACUAUCAAUAAAGCUCAUAUUGGUUUUGCUUUUCGUGAUUGGAGGAUAUAUGUUGCUGGAGUCAUCUACUUUGGCUUGAAUGCGUCUCUGGCGUCUACGUCCGCCUUUUUACCUACCAUUAAUCGAUCGUUCGGUUUUUCUCCCGCCAAAUCGCAACUGAUGACCGUCCCGCCCUACGCUGUUGCUGCCAUCGUUUUGACUUCCCUGGCGGCUCUUUCGGAUCGUCUACAAAGUCGAGGAAUUUUCAUGAUGAUCGCCACUGCAAUCGGAGGAGUGGGUUACCUGAUCCUUGUUUUGGUGCCUACGAACAUCUCUGUACGGUAUUUCGCGACGUUUUGUAUCACAAGUGGAACAUAUACCUCUAUUGGUAUUAUUAUCGCCUGGUUCGCUCAUAACCUUGGAUCUGAAACGAAGAAAGCCACCGGUAUACCCAUGUUCAUGGCGAUGGGCCAGUGUGGAAGUGUCCUCGGAUCUCAUCUGCUACCCAAAAUUGAAGGACCAAGAUACCUUAAAGGAUUCGCUGUUUGCUGCGCUCUAGAAUUCCUCGCGACCAUCUGUUCGUUCAUUCUCACCGUAUCAUAUCGCAUGGAUAAUGCUCGCCGUAACAAAAAGUAUGGUGUUCCUCUUGCCAACACUAGGGUGGACGUCAGCGAGUUGGCCGACAAGGCUCCCAAUUUCCGCUACACUCCAUGAACGAACGGAUCAUUCAAAGGUUUUUUUAAAACAGCUACUGGGGGGCAUGGGGAUAUUGGAUAUAUUGUGCAUGGCGUGUAAGGCAUGUAGUUUUAUUAUUUUUUUCCUGCCACAGCACUUUUUUGCGUAUCGUAUAUAUACGUACGAACCUUACGUACUUGAGUGUAAUGUUUCAAGUCUUCUAUCGUUUGAAGCUCGUCAUUCGUUUUGUCCGAGAAUUAUAUGUGUGCGUGUGUGUGUUCACCAUAAGCC